AUGCAAGCACAAGCUACCUUUACCGGUGGUAAGCCGAGUUCAGUCGAUGAGACAGGAUUAUGCCUGCUGUCACUAGAUGGUGGUGGUGUCCGAGGGCUGUCGACACUCUUCGUACUCAAGAGCAUAAUGGAUGAAGUGAACGAAAUCCGCGAACCUGGCUCUCCGCGCCUAAAACCUUGUGAUUUGUUUGAUCUCAUUGGUGGUACAAGCACAGGCGGUAUCAUUGCUAUCAUGCUAGGCCGGCUCGAGAUGGACGUCGAUGAGUGCAUUAAAGCAUAUGUGAAACUCAUGGAACGUGUUUUCAAAGACAAGCUGCGCAUGGUGCCCUUGGGUUGGAAGCUAGAAAUCAAGUCAAAAUUCAACCAGAACGAGUUGAAGGCAGCAAUUCUGGAUGUCCUUACCGAACACGACGUUGAUGAAAAUACACUAUUCAAUGACGGGAAAGAUCGCAAAUGCAGAGUCUUUGUCUGUGCCGCUGCUAAAGCGACCACCGGAAUUACUCGUCUACGGAGUUAUAAACUCCGCGGGGUUGCAAACAUUGACGCGACUAUCUGCGAGGCAGCUCUUGCUACUUCAGCCGCUACGAGCUUUUUCGAUACUGUAUCGAUUGGACUUCGCAGGUUUGUUGAUGGCGCGUUGGGUGCAAACAACCCGGUGGAUCAGGUGGAAGCGGAGGCUUCCACAAUUUGGUGCCCAAAGUCGCAGUUGCAGCCCCAUGUAAAGUGUUUUCUUUCAAUCGGAACUGGGAAGCCUAGUACCCAAGGGAUCGAUGACAGUGCACUCAAAAUUCACACGACGCUCGCCAAUAUUGCCACGGAGACAGAGAGCACCGAGCGAAAUUUCAUCGAGAGGUGGGCUGGGCAUUUCAGUGAAAAUCGUUACUUCCGCUUCAAUGUGGAACAGGGAUUACAAAAUGUUGGCUUGGAGGAGUAUAAUCAGCAAGAGCUGAUUCAGACCGCCACAUAUGAUUAUAUUGAGCACAUAGACUGCAAGUUCCGCAGGGAGAAAUGUGUUGAGAAUCUCAUUUUGAAAAAAUUUAAAACACCUAUUGAUUUCGCCACAACUCAGACUAAAUAUCUUAGACACAUUGCCGGGCGAAUCCCUUUCCGCGGAAACAUUCCUUUUCAUCCUAACGAAAGAUUCAUCAAACGUGAGAACGAGCUCAGCGAAUUAGAAAAACUGCUCUUUUCCACAAAAUCGGUCUCUAGGAUCGCAAUCUAUGGUCUCGGCGGCGUCGGCAAAACGCAGAUUGCACUCGAUAUAGCCCAUCAAACGCAAGCGAAGGGUAGAGGAAACCCAGAGUGUGAAGAAUACGCUGUGCUUUGGAUACAAGCGAUGAAUUUUGAGAGCGUUCAAAAGUCUUACACGGAGAUAGCUGGAGGACUAAAGCUGCCGGGGGCCGACGACCAGAAUGCUGAUGUCAAAACGCUGGUGAAAAACUACUUGAACAAAACGACCGGGAAGUGGCUACUCAUCUUUGACAAUGCCGACGAUUACGAUAUGUGGUUUGGCGAAUCCUCAGAAGACGCCAAGUCAGGCCGCUUAAGUGAAUUUCUUCCACAGAGCGAAAAUGGAAGGAUACUGUUCACAACACGUCUCAAGAAGAUCGCCUCUAGACUUGCGAGAAAGGCUAUUAAAGUUGAAGAACUCAGCGAGAAGAAAGCAAAGGAACUGCUUUCCCAGCAUUUGGAUAAUUCAACUCUUUUGCAGGACGACAAUGAGGUUCUACAACUCCUCGGCAAGCUUGCGUUUCUUCCUUUGGCGGUUGUACAGGCUGCUUCUUUCAUAAACGAGAAUUCGAUAACUCGUCUUUCGGAUUACAAAAAACUUUUGGAUCGGCCAGAGCAAGAAGUCAUCGAUCUCCUAAGUGAAGAUUUUGAGACCGACGGGCGAUACAAUGGUGUGAAGAACCCCGUGAUUACAACAUGGCUCGUAUCAUUCGAGCAUAUCCGCAAGGAGCCUCUGGCAGCCAGUUAUUUAUAUUUCAUCGCCUGCAUUGAGCCAAAAGACAUCCCUGAAUCUCUUCUGCCGCCAGCAAGAUCCCCUAUGGAGAAAGCUAAAGCCAUCGGGACAUUGAAAGCAUAUUCGUUUGUGAAUCAGAAUGAAACAAAUAAUUCUCUCAGCUUCCAUCGACUUGUUCAUCUCGCUACACGAAACUGGCUGCGAACACAAAAGCCCCCAUUCAAGCUAUCUCUCAAAAGUUCGUUUUUGUCGGCACUGGAAAGAAUGAGUGGUGACUUUCCAGUCGGCGAGCAUAAGGAUCAGCAGAAAUGGCGGGCAUAUAUGCCACAUGCUCUGAGUCUUCUCCGAGCCGACGAAACACAAGGUAUGCCUCAGCGGUACCAGUUGGUUUACUCGGUCGGAAUAUGCCUCUAUAGAGAUGGCCGGAUCAGAGAAGCCGUUUGCUUUCUUGAAGAAGCUGCUUGGUGGACGAGAAAUGAGGAUCAAAAGAGUCACAGUCGACUAGCCUCUGAGCAUGUACUUGCGAUAGUCUAUCACGCAGAUGGGCAGAUCAAGCUAGCUCUGAAGCGAAUUGAACAUGUGGUUGCAGUCCGAGAGAAAGUAUUGACCGAAGACCACCCUGAUCGACUAGCCUCUGAGCAUGUACUUGCGAUAGUCUAUCACGCAGAUGGGCAGCUUGAAGCAGCAGUGAAACUUCUAGAGCAUGUAGUUGCAGUCAAAGAGAAAGCGCUCACUGAAGACCACCCCUCUCGAAUGGAGUCUCAACACGCACUUAUGAGGUUGUACCAAUGUAUCAAGAAAAUAAAUGCCCGUGAGUCGUGA